UGUGGGGGGCGGCAGUCGCAGCAGCAUCUCUCUCUGUGUGCCACCACCGUCGACGCAAAAGCCGCCGCCGCCUUCCAGCUGCAGUACCGACGCGAUCUUCGCUCCGGCCGCACGUAUCCAAACGUUUCAUCCCCCCGACAGCCCCAACAGCGCGAUCUCGCCACCUAAGAAAAAAGUGCCAAAACGCCCCCCCCUAAAACCAAGGCCUCCAAAAAAAAGUGCACCAAAAUCUAGGAUAUUAGAUAAAACAAAAACGAAAACUCGAGCGUUUUCUGUUGCGUAACUACGUCGACACCUGAUUACAAGCUGUCACCAGCAAAGCCGCAUUGAAUUGAACUAUCAUUAAUGGUCGACGAUGAUUUUCUUAGGGGCACAGAUGAAUCGGUCGUGGGUCGAGAAAAAAACCGACGUCUGGCGGAGUGAAAGAACACUAAUGGAAACCGGUGCGAUUGGCAGCAGCUGAGGAAUCUCCCAGAUUCGAUAAUUUCGGGUCUCCCACGGAAGGACGAAAGAAAGAGGAAGAAACCCAAAGGAGCGAGGAAGAAGCACCAUAAAAGAAAAGCGUCGGAGUUCCAUACACACACAUACAAUGGCAGCAGGAUCCGCGGUGGCUAUGAUCGGGGCGAACCUCAGGUUCGGCAGCAGCGCAGCAAACGCUUCUCUGAACGCAACGAAGGUGUUCCAGUGCCAUCCAGGAGGAACGGCAGAGGCUGUUCUGAUCUUUGCGUUGGGUUCUCUCGGCAUGGGUGCCAACCUAGCCCUGAUGGGCAUCAUUCUCGCCAACAGGCAACUCAGAAGAUGGUCACAAGGAUUGCUGUUUCAUCAGGGGGCUGUGGAUUGCGCGAGGGCGGCGCUUUUGCUACCCCUGGGCAUGUCCAUAUUGCACUGUCAACCGGUGAACAAAUGCUCAUUGGUGGAAACGGCUUUCCUACUCUUGGUAACCGUGGCUACCGUCAACAUGCUGACGACGGUGCUGAACGACUCUCCGAUAUUUCCCGAAGACGAAAACGACGCCGACGACAUGACAGACGCCCCAUUGCUCAUGGACUCGCCACAGUGCGUCCUCUUCGGCACCUUCAUGAUCUGGUUCGCCUCGAUCACCAUCAACCUAGGCCCCACAUUUCUUUCAGGUGCAUUGGCGGCGCAAGGCGAACCGGGUCACAGAGCCCCAUCCUGUCCACUAAUCCACGGUCCUCUAAGACACUACAUACUUAACGCCCUGUGGAUAGCCGUGAAUCUGGUGUGCGUUCUGCUGACGCUCUUCCAUUUGCGCAAACUACAUCGCGAUCUGACCAAAGCCAACGUAGAGGCAGUGAGAGUCGCCGGACUCGUUACGACUCUGGUCAAUGUAACCGGAGCUGGCGGAAGGCCCGGAACGCCCAACAUGAACGGCGAAAGAGUGAGCGGCGCCCUCGAAGAGCACAGGAGGAUGAGGGAGUAUCUGAACCGGAUGGAGCGCGACGGGGUGCAGAGGGUGAAGAUGUUCCUGGUGAUCACCGCCGCCUAUGUCCUGUUCUGGGGACCGCUAUUCUUCGUCACCCUCGUCAACCACCCGAUUGUCGGAAACGCGCUCGGUCACGAGAUAACACUGCACAUAUCAUACGUCCACGCGAUAGUGAAUCCGACACUGUUCCUGCUGCUGCACCGGGGCCUGAGGAAGGCCACCAUCGACUUGUGCUGCGGAUGGUUACCAUCAUGGUUGACAAACCACAGCGUUCCGCCGCCGCCGAACCCGCCACGCGCCGACAUAUCACUACUGAAAACGCCGCUUCCGGUGCCGGCCCAACCUGAUAGCUCUAUGGGAGACACCGAUAUGAACAUUUGGAUACCGGAAACGCCGCCGAUGAAUGGCGGCGUUUUAAUACCGCACUACACCAGCCCGGAAGUGGCGCCAACAUCGCCGGCGGAGAGCGAUUAGCCCGAGUGGGACCGAUCCACAAAAAUCUAAAAAGAAAUGUUUCGAGUGACAUUUUUUUUAUGUUUUACACGGAACUUGUUCCUCUUGUGGUUCGGACCCAACACGGAAAUUGAUCGAUUUCAAAAGUAAUUUGCGAGCGCGAUUUGUAAAAAAAAAAAAUGAAAUCGCGCCCUCAAAAGACAACCAAACAAAAUCACUAUCUAAUGUAUGUAUACUACUUGAUAAGCUCCAUUCCUAAGAUGUUGAGAUUUAGGCCGAACGCGACUUUUGUGGUUCGUCGGUAGUUCCACCCAUUUUCUCAUUAUCUAAUUAAAAGUGUUCAUUUACGCCGCCUUAACAUCUCGGGAAUAUUCUUAAUUAGUUACUUUCAGACAAGAAAAAAAUAAUAUUAAAAAAACACACACUUACGACGGUGAAAUCUUAGAACAUAAUUAACACUUUGUGAGCUGCCAAAAGCAUAAACUACAAGACGCGAACGUCCCUCGGUCAAAUUACGAGGAGACGUGAUUUGGUUUCCUUUUCUCGUCCUCAUUCAAAAUGAAGUCAAUUAAGUAAAGUAAAUUAAAACUGAAAAGCAGAGAGCGUAAUUAAGAGAGGAUCAUGUAUUAGCACCGGCGGUAACGCCUAAUAUUUUAAAACGGAAUUGAGUAAACUUAAACGUUGAUGCGCGUUGAUUGCUUCGAGAGACACUUAUAUAAUAUAUUAAAUAUGGGCCAAAAACGAUAAAAGUCACGACACGGGAAAUGGAUAAUACGCAUCACGUUAAGAUUAUAAAUUAGAG